AUGGCGCCGACGGUGGGGAUCAAGCGGUCCCCGGCCGCGACGCAGACAGUCACGGCGCCGCCGCCCUCGCCCCCCGACGCGCGCUUCGCGGUGCGCGAGGCCGUCAAGUCCACCCUCGCCGACCCGGCCCCUGGCGCCAGGCUCGACGCCCCCGCGCCGGCCCCCGCGCUCGAGGGCUUCCUCUGCCUCGAGGAGAUCGAAGGGAGGCGCUGGAAGUACGUCGUCGACGCCGCCUCCGGGAACAGCAGCAGGAGGAAGGGCAGGCGCGGGGGGUCCGCCGUGCCCCUCGGCGCCUCCGUCAGGGCCGUGCCGCUCCAGUCUCCGCUGCCGCCCGCCGAGGAAAUUAUGGCUUUCGUAAGAUCAUACGUUGUGCCUGAAGGGUUUCCAGACAGCGUUACUCCUUCGUACGUCCCAUACAUGACCUGGAGAGCUCUCAAGCAUUUCUUUGGUGGAGCGAUGGGGGUGUUCACGACAAGAACCUUGCUGAGCUCUGUUGGAGUCUCUCAAAGCAAGGUGACCCCGGGUGCCAUUGCUAUCAACUGGAUCCUCAAGGACGGUGCUGGACGUGUUGGAAAAAUGCUUUUUGCACGACAAGGAAAGAAGUUUGACAAUGACGUAAAGCAGCUCCGCUUUUCUAGUGAUCUCUUGCUGGAGAUAGGUGCUGGGAUAGAGUUAGCUACUGCGGCCUUCCCUCAGUUUUUCUUGCCUAUGGCUUGUGUUGCAAAUGUUGUAAAGAAUGUCGCUGCGGUUACAUCAACCUCAACUCGCACUCCAAUCUACAAGGCAUAUUCAAGAGGCGAAAAUAUUGGAGAUGUGACUGCUAAAGGAGAAUCUGUGGGGAAUAUUGCAGAUCUGCUGGGCACUGGUUUGAGCAUCUUUAUCACAAAACGGAACCCAUCAUUGGUGACUUCAUUUGCCCUCCUGUCAUGUGGAUAUCUCCUGAGUUCAUAUCACGAGGUGAGGUCUGUUGUGUUGAAUACCCUGAACAGGGCAAGGUUUACUGUCGCAGUGGAUUCCUUUAUUAAGACAGGGUACGUUCCCACCUUGAAGGAAGGAAACUCACAGGAGACAAUAUUUAUUCAUCCUUGGCGGCAUGAGCCGGUUGAAAUAGGGUCACGGUUUGGAGAAGCUUUUCAAGAACCUGUUUCAUUUGUUGCCACAAGGCCAUUGUUUGAGGAUGAGAGAUACAUGGUAACAUAUAACCCAACUAAGGAUAAAGUAUAUGCUUUGCUCAAGGACCAAGCAAAGCCAGACGACAUUCUCAAAGCUGCUUUCCAUGCUCAUGUGUUGCUGCACUUCAUUAAUAAAACACAUGAGCGAAAGAGGAUGAACCCCGAUCGAUCAGAUCAUUAUGGAAGCCUGCACCCACGAAACAUGGAUUUCCUGGCACACAUUGCAGAAUCUAGCAAAAUUGUGUCAUCCUCUUACGGAACAUUCAGGAAGAAAGCAAAAGAACAGGGUUGGAUAAUGUCAGAAUCGCUCCUUAACCCUGGGAAGGCUCGAUUAUGUGUCACAAGACCGCAAUGAUUUUACUAUUUCCAUUUACCAUCGAUGGGAUGAUACCAUCUCUAGCUGUCAGGCUAACUUUCUGACAAGACUGACGGGAUGCUGACGAGUUGUUAGUAGCUGAACUAGCAUAUGUUGGAGCUCGGCCUAGGUGCCAAAAUAACGGGGGAUAUGCUUAUGGCGAGCCAUGAGAAGACGAAGGCGACCUCCAACUGCUAACUGCAUAUGAGUAGGUUGAUGGACUUGUAUUUAUGUUUGCUGCUCUCUGACGGAGGACUUCUAACUGUAAACCUGUAACUGGUAUAGUGUUCGUCGGCUGCGGAGUCGAAUGUUACAAGAGUUGUUUCUUUUUUGCUGACCUGCUGUACUUUCGAGUCUUCGAGAACUAUUUCUCGUCCACCUCUUAGGGCGGUUUGAAAGUUCUCAGUUUUCCCAGAUGGAGAGUUUAUGUCGAUGCAAAGUGCAGUGGAUACCCUGUACAUACAUGUUUGUUGUAAUAAUCGGAAGCCUUUACUGCUGGUUCAAA